UGUUCUAAAGAAAUAGAAUUAAGCUAAUUAUUCAAUUACUCAACUGUUUGAAUUGAAUUUAUAGUACCUACGGUACAUAUUCGAAAGCUUUAGAAUGCCUCUUCUAGACGGAAAAGAAAUCGACAUAUUCUUCAGUGAAGAAGAUCUUCCGUAUGAAGAGGAAAUCCUAAGAAAUCCAUUUUCUGUCAAACAUUGGCUUAGGUACAUUGAACACAAGAAAACUGCACCCAAACAUGAAAUUAAUAUGAUAUAUGAACGAGCUUUAAAAGAAUUACCAGGAUCUUUUAAACUUUGGUAUAACUAUCUUAAAUUAAGAAGAAAACAAAUAAGAGGUCGCUGUAUAGCUGACCCAUGCUAUGAAGAUGUAAACAAUUGCUUUGAAAGGUCUUUAGUAUUUAUGCACAAAAUGCCUAGAAUAUGGAUGGAUUACUGUUCAUUCUUAACAGAUCAGUAUAAAAUAACUACAACAAGGAAAGCGUUUGACAGUGCUCUUAGAGCUUUACCAAUAACUCAACAUCAUAGGAUAUGGCCUCUUUACUUAAAUUUCUUGAAGAAACACAAUAUACCCGAAACAGCUGUAAGAGUGUUUCGUAGGUAUCUUAAAUUAUGUCCUGAAGAUACUGAAGAGUAUAUUGACUACUUAACUUCAAUAGAUAAAUUAGAUGAAGCUGCAGUCAAAUUGGCUCAACUAGUUAAUAAUGAGAAUUUUCAAUCAAAACAUGGAAAGUCAAAUCAUCAACUUUGGAAUGAAUUAUGUGAAUUGAUAUCAAAGAAUCCUGAUCAAAUUCAUUCUCUGAAUGUCGACGCUAUUAUCAGAGGGGGAUUAAGACGUUACACUGAUCAGCUAGGCCACCUGUGGAACUCUCUUGCAGACUAUUAUGUUCGAAGUGGUCUUUUUGAAAGAGCCAGAGACAUUUAUGAAGAAGCUAUACAAACUGUGACUACAGUGAGGGAUUUUACACAAAUAUUUGAUGCUUAUGCACAAUUUGAGGAAUUAAGUCUUAGUAAAAAAAUGGAAGAAGUUGCCAAGAAAACUAAUCCAAGUGAAGAUGAUGAUAUUGAUUUAGAAUUGAGACUUGCCAGAUUUGAGUAUCUUAUGGAAAGAAGGCUGUUACUGCUUAAUUCAGUUCUACUUAGACAAAAUCCACAUAAUGUGGCUGAAUGGCAUAAAAGAGUCAAAUUAUAUGAAGGUAAACCCCAUGAAAUAAUAGAUACAUAUACUGAAGCAGUGCAAACUGUAGACCCUAAAUUAGCUGUUGGUAAACUUUUCACACUGUGGGUUGGAUUUGCAAAAUUUUAUGAAAACAAUGACCAAAUUGAAGAUGCCAGAUUAAUUUUUGAAAAAGCUACACAGGUAGCAUAUGUUAAAGUAGACGAUUUAGCUUCAGUUUGGUGUGAAUGGGCUGAAAUGGAAAUCAGACAUGAAAAUUAUGAGCAAGCCCUAAAAUUAAUGCAAAGAGCCACUGUUUUACCAAGCAGAAAAGUAGCAUAUCAUGAUGAUUCUGAAACUGUGCAAAUGAGGUUGUAUAAAUCACUAAAGGUUUGGUCCAUGUAUGCUGACUUAGAAGAGAGUUUUGGUACAUUCAAAUCUUGCAAAGCUGUGUAUGAUCAUAUUAUAGAUUUAAAAAUUGCUACUCCACAAAUUAUUAUCAAUUAUGGAUUAUUUUUAGAAGAGCAUAAUUACUUUGAAGAAGCUUUUAGAGCAUAUGAAAAGGGUAUUGCCUUAUUCAAGUGGCCUAAUGUGUAUGAUAUUUGGAAUACAUAUCUAACAAAAUUUUUAAAAAGAUAUGGUGGUUCAAAACUUGAAAGAGCAAGAGAUUUAUUUGAGCAAUGUCUUGAGCAUUGUCCCAAUGAAUUUGCAAAGUCUAUUUUCUUAUUAUAUGCAAAAUUGGAAGAAGAGCAUGGUUUAGCUAGACAUGCAAUGUCUGUAUAUGAGAGAGCUACUACUGCCGUUCUACCUGAAGAAAUGUUUGAAAUGUUCAAUAUUUAUAUUAAAAAAGCUGCUGAAAUUUAUGGAGUUCCUAAAACACGACAGAUUUAUGAAAAGGCUAUUGAGACUCUUCCUGAAGAGAAGGCUAGGGAAAUGUGUGUUCGCUUCUCAGAAAUGGAAACUCGCCUAGGUGAAAUUGAUAGAGCUCGGGCAAUAUAUGCACACUGUAGUCAAAUGUGUGAUCCUAGAAUUACAGCUGAUUUUUGGAACACUUGGAAAGAAUUUGAAGUUAGGCAUGGUAAUGAAGAUACUAUGAGAGAAAUGUUAAGAAUUAAAAGAAGUGUGCAAGCCACAUAUAAUACACAGGUGAAUAUGAUGUCUGCACAAAUGUUGAGUUCUGCAGCACAGGCAGCUGGUACUAUAUCAGAUUUAGCACCAGGUAUGAAAGAUGGAAUGAGAAUGCUUGAAGCCAAAGCAGCUGAAAUGGCAGUACAGAGUAAAGGCAACAUUCUAUUUGUGAGAGGAGAAACCCAAGGACUUAAAGAGAGUUCUGACAAAGUAGUGAAUCCUGAUGAAAUAUCAAUUGAUGAAGAAUCCGAUCACAGUGAUGAUGAUGCUGAAGAGGAUCCAAUCCAAAAGAAAGAUGUACCAACUGCUGUUUUUGGAGGACUUGUCAAGGAUAAUGAAGACUAGACUACUGUCUUGUAAAAUUUUAAUUAAA